AGACACACCUGCGCGAGACUUUGACAAGGAAGGACACGAGACGCGACGCCUCUCAAAACAUCUCGCCGCAAUCAAGUUUUGGAAUGACUCAACUGAAGUUUGUGGAUUUCGACCGCUUCACUAAAGCAUGACGAGGUUCCUACAAUGUCUGGUUUAUAUCUCAUUGAUCUGGCCCCUCAGUCACACUGAGGCGUUUCCGCGGUCUAGCCAUGACAAGGGAGACAGCAGGAAACGGCGGGAUGUCUCCUGCAGAGAGAACCUGGAGUACUCAAACGGCAACAUCUGCUGUUUAAACUGUCCAGCUGGUACACAUAUGACAUCACCCUGCCCUGGAGAAGGACAGAAGGGGACAUGUGAGGAAUGUGACUUUGGGACGUACAUGGAGCACAGCAACGGACUGAAGCAAUGUUUCAAGUGCACACAGUGUCGCUCAGAUCAGGAAGUUGUAAGGCCAUGCACUCACACUCAAGAUGCCGAAUGUCAGUGCAAAGUGGGAAAAUUUUGUGUCCACGACGACCCAUGUGAGGUGUGCAAGAAGUGUUCAAGGUGUGAACAAGAUGAAGAGGUAGUGAGGAACUGCACUGCUACUACCAACACACAGUGCAAGAAAAAACAGCCCGACUCUGUCUCUGGCUCAGCUGGGGCCUCUGUGAUUGUGUCAAUUGGGCUGGCUGCUUUUUUGGUGGUUGGAAUCUUAAUUGCAGUGUGUGUAUGGAGACGUCGUCGAACAACAGACUCCCAAAGAUAUCCUGAGGGGCUGAAAGCUGGACAGCGUUACAGUGACAACUGUCCCACUGAGCGCAGUGGAGAAACCCGAAGGCAGAGCUCCUCCCAUCCGAUCCUGUCCCGGCCACUGGUGAGAACCAAAUCCUCUGCCGGAAUGGAGGAAGAGCGCAAAGUCCUGUGUGAAAGCCUCAGCAGCUCCGCCAGUAACUCCCAGCACAGUCUAACCGCCCUGCCCUGCUCUGCCUACCCCGCACCUCCCCCCAGCCCCGUGGUCCUCCGACAGCCCACCAGGAGGGAAGAGGAGAAAUUUCACAAGCUUGUUCCCAUGCACGGCGAAGAGUCUCUUCGGAGCUGUUUUCAUUAUUUUGAAGAAAUAGACUUCAACCUUCACAAGAAAUUCUUCCGUCACCUCGGGAUCAACGACAACAAGAUCAAGAGCAAAGACAACCUUCCCUAUGACGACAAGAUCCACGAGCUGCUCAAUAUUUGGAUGGAGAAAGAGGGCAGAGGAGCCGACUUAAAUGACCUGCUGAAAGCCUUACUUGAUUUGAAUCAGCGCCGAACAGCUGAAGACAUCAAGGAGAAAGCUGUUCAGGACAGGCAUUAUUGCAUCUCUGAGUGUUAAUGAGUGGUUACUGUUUUCAGAACACCCGUCUGAAAACCUCUAGUUCUGUGAGUACCUCUUAUGGAGUCAGUUCCUUGUUGCUGAGCGCUUACGUACCAUCCAGUAUUGGUUGGAGUAGCUCGCACAAGGCUACUGCCCAUAAGGGUGUUUUGGUAUGAAUAGUUAUGACUAUUCAGCUGUGAAAAAAAAUGAGAAUGCAUUCAUUCUCAUGGAAAUCACUCAAGGUUGAGGACCGUGUGAGUCAAGUUACAUGUCAUCUUAUUGAUGAUCAUAAACAACUCCCAAGGCUACCUCCCAAAGAAGUGUUUUGGCCUGAGUAGUAUAGUUUAACUAUUCAGCCAAAAAACAUUGCUCGUACAUUUACUAAGUGCGUACUUUACUGAUGCUACUACUUCAGUAAAGUUACUGUACCUUACUGUACUGUACAACUGUGAUGGGAAAUGCGGCAUGUUUAGUUAAACUGCAUGCCUGCUAGACCCUAAACAAACGCUCCAAAAUGACAGCUUGAGUUCAGCUGUUUUUGUCUGACUGAAGCUGGAGUGAGUAGUUAAGUGCAAAAAGUGUUUGCUGUCUUGUGUACGAGGAGAGCAAAGACAAAGAACAAGAAGAAAUGAGCAGAAAUCAGGUUGAAGACAGGUUGAUUGUCUGUUAGAACUUGUUGAUGAUUUUGUACAAGAUGUGCUUUAUUUAUUUAAUGACAAAUCUGAGCAUAUGUCCUCAGGAAUAAAUGUCUUUAUGACUGUACUGAUUGAUCAACGAAUCAUAAAGAACAUGUCAUUGAGAUUACUAGAGAAACAUUAAGUUUAUGAUGGUGGAGAGAUGUUAUGUUCUCUACCCCUGCCUAACUGUAUUUUAUUUGUAUUCAUUGAAAGGGAUGUUUUGAUCAUGGUUCAGCUUGGCUGUUUUACUCACGCAAAGCACCUGCUCAAAAUGGAUUUGUGUUUUUUUUCUCUCUCCCAGUCUGUGUUGUGUUUCUGUACUAUUGUUGCACUUCUGUCAUAGUCCUGAUCAACAGUAAUGACUUACAGGGUUACAAAAACACAAAAGCUCCUGCUGGGAGCCUCUGAUGUGCUUUAGAGAAAUAAUUUCAAUCAAUAUAUCAAUACAUUUAAAUGGAAAAUAUUUCAUUUUUUGCCCUUUUUCCGAAAAAGACAACAUUCCAACUAAACUGUUUACAUGACUAAUGAAAAAGAAUAUUCCAAUACUACUGACAUUGAUUUAAGUGUGUUAACAUCGUCGUUUAUCACGUCAAAGUAUUGAAACGUGAAAAAACUGGAGUGCUUCUUUCUUGCAGCAACAUUUUUCCAAAGUGUCAUACUGGAGAUGAACUUGUUUGAUUGUUCAAAGACGGCUGUCGUCUUUCAUUCCUUAAACCACCUUUUUGAAAAAGUUAGCAGUGUUAGAUUUGGCCCAAAACCUGUUGAUAUCCAAGUCAUUAGAUCUGCAGUAGGUGAGUUUCUCUAUCAGGUUGGCUUUUCUUUUGGGCAGGUAUCUCUACCCCAGCCUUACAAGUUUGCACAUAUCCAUGACAACGCACAGAGCUAAUCAUAAACAGACAAGAUGCUGUCUAAUGCAAACUGUGAUUAAAAACCCCAAAUGAGACCUUAAAACCUGAAUAAUAUCAGCAUAUCCCAGAGGCCUUAAUUGGAAAUACUAAAUUUGUAAAAAGGCCUAAUUUGAAAUGUCUAAAUGUAAUAUUGUCUUAAAUAGACUAGCAUCAAAUCCAGAAUAUUUACAUGUUUUGGAUGAUUUGUGAAAUAUUAGUGUGCCUGUAAACAUAGCCACUGUUACAUAUUGCCUACUUUUACUUUCCUUCUGUUGCUUUCUCUCUCAGGUCAUGGAGUGUUUGUCAACCCAUUGAUUCUGAAAUUUUUACAUUUACUUUUUAAUGGAUUUCACAGAUCCAUGUGAGGCUGUUUUUAUUUUGUAGAGAAUUAUUACAUCUAAACGCUCUGAAAUAUCACAUCUGUCUUCAGAGCAGAAGUUGAAAUCUAACUUGAAUGUGAAAAAAAAUAAACUCUGCCACUUUA